ACCGAAAUCCGACAUUAUGUUCGAACGAAUUAUUGAAUUUAGCAGCCCGGAAGUGAUGAUUUGUUUCAACAUGGAGACGGCAGUUUGAGGGGGUGGAAACAACGGAGAAAUUAAGCUUAAGUUUGAGAAAUGGGUGUACUCUCUUACUUUUUGAGAUGGAAAGUUUGGUUUUAUGUUUAUUGUCUCCAUUGUUUUAUGUACGUACACUCAGAGAGACAUCAAGGGACAUGGUCAUCCAGUAAUUUUCUUUUGUUUUUGUCAAAAUUUGGUGUACAGAAAACUGACUUGAAAAACGCAGAUGCAACUCAAGGAUUUUUUUACGGAAAUAUCACAACAAACAGCAAUUCAUCAAAGUCACUGACACUAGUUGUUGUGGACAGUGAAUACUUUUCACAUUUUUAUGGAAACGCUACUAGUAAAUCGAACAAACAGCAUAAAAAUGACAUAUGUAAAUCCAUGUUUAAAACGAUCGAGGAGGUGGCAUAUGAUAAAGACUGCAAAACAGAUGGGACAAAGGAUUACCUUCGUCGAGUCCCAUGCCCUAAAGGCGAACUUUGUGAGGAUGAAGAUACACCAUCAAAUGUUGUGCCAAACUAUCAAUUUACCUAUAAAAUAAUGGAUAAACAAAUACCAAGAUAUUGGUAUAUGAGUCUUGUUGCCUGCUACAGAAACACAACCCAAAAAAAUUGUUCUUGGGUCAGCACCAAUGAGGACAUCACAGUCGAUUAUGACAUCUGGUUGGUCAAUGGUGACCCCAUUUACAAGAAGUGGAACCCCGUAGAACAUCAGUUUUCGUUCGAGGAACAUGAUAUAUUUGAGACCUUCCUAGGUUUCCUUGGGGUCUACAUAGUUUUAAUUCCAUUUUGGUUCUAUGUCUAUUCAAAACAGAAGCAUUCAUUGACAAAGUUUUUAUUAACCAUCAUAUGCAUAGAAGCAUUUGGAAUUUUGUGUAAUUUUAUUCACGUGGCAGUGUUUGCAGCCAAUGGUGUUGGGGUGUACUGGAUUGCCGUUUUAGGCAAUGCCAUAGAUACGAUAUCGCAGUGUCUCUUCAUGCUCAGCCUGCUGCUUCUUGCCAAAGGGUGGAUGAUUACACAGCAGAAUAUCCGAGGGAGGAGUGUAGUGUUCACUCUGUGGGGGGUCUACACGCUGCUGAACUGCAUUCUCUUCUUCUGGAACCUGUUUGAGGUGGAUGUCAUUUCAAACAAGGAUGAAUGGCAGACGUGGCCUGGAUAUUUAAUCUGUGGAUUCCGGGUGGUGAUCAUGAUCUGGUUUUUCGUGGAGCUGCGGCACACUUUUCGAUCUAGUCGAUGCGCGGAGGACCGCCUUCAGUUACUGCAGCAGUUUGGUGCCUACUUUCUUGUCUGGUUUAUAUAUCUUCCAGUUUUAGUCAUCAUUAAUACGCAGUUCUCCGCUCUGUGGAAGAAAAAAAUUAUGCUGUGUAUAACUAAUGGAGCGGACUUGCUCUCCUACUUGAUUUUACUCCACUUGUUGUGGCCCUCGCGAUCCAUUCUAUACCUCCUCAGGGGGGAGGACCCUUUACCUUACGAGCUCCUCAUCACGGGUAUUUUAGAUGAAGACCAAGAUGAUAAAACUAUAUUAAAAAGACAGAAAGCGAGUGUUAAUGGUCGGCUGAAGAGAGAGCCUAAUCACAACACAUUAAAGAAUGGCUUCCAGAAAUCCCCCAAGUCAAGGUAUGCAGAUGAAAAACGGCUGGCUCUGUUGUCUGAAGAGGAUGAAGAUGAAUUGUAACUACAGCAGAGGAGUGUGAAAUUUGUUCGUGGAUCGCAAGGGGUGUGGGAGAAAAAUGCCAUACUUUCUUUCAUUUACCACACUUAGAAUCGUGUUACCUACUUUCAAUUCUGUCUCAAUUUCAGAAUUUCUCCAUUAGCUUUAGACAAACUUGAUGUACAAUGUAACCUUGCCGGAGAUUUGAUGUAUGCGUGCUCAAUCAUUGGUUUUAGAAUUCUGUCUUGGGUAAAGGGCAUUGAGUGCCUGAAUGAUAGGUCUGUAAAUAUAGAAUUAGGCAAUAUGGCAGCAUUCCUGGAAGACUUGUUUAUUUAUCAGAUGCAUGUUUAAACUGCUCAUAUGUACAGAAUUAUAACUUAACGGAGUGAUAAGUUUGACCCUUCACAAUUGUAGUAUGAACCAGUAAGGGAGCAUUAAAACACAGCAGAUAGAAAUUGUAGAUUUAUUUUGGUGUGUGACAUUGAUGUAAGUACUGGGGGUAAUCUUUGUGUUCGUUACCUCUAUAAUAAGAUUGUGGGUUACUUGUCACGGUUGUUGCCUCGAGCUUUCAUUCAUUUAUAUACAGGUACUAAAUAUUUCUAGUUACAUUGUCAACAUAGUAGAUCAACAUAUUUAACUAAAUGUUCAAUUUCAGUCUAUUGAAAUAGCAGUAAGAAAAUCGGAUAUAGGUGCUGUAAAAUCAAUAGAAUUAGUAGAAGUCAGUUACAGGUGCUGUAAAGUCGACAAUUUCAGUCAAUCAAGCAGUUAGAAGGGUACUGUAAAGUCACAGUUUUAGUCUAUCUAACUGGUUAGAAAAUCGGAUAUAGGUGCUGUAAAGUGAACAGUUUCAGUCUUUUGAAUUAGCUGAAAUCAGAUACAGGACAACUGUAAAAUCACCAGUUUUUAGCUCACCUGAGCUUUCAGCUUUUCUGAUCGCUUUUUGUCCGUCGUCUGUCUGUCUGUUCGUCUGUCUGUUAAACUUUUCACAUUUUUGACUUCUUCUCCAGAACCACUGGGCCAAUUUCAACCAAACAUGGCCAAAAGCAUCCUUGGGUGAAGGGCUUUCAAGUUUGUUCAAAUGAAGGGCCAUGUCCCUUUCAAAGGGGAGAUAAUCACAAAAAUGCAAAAAUAGGGUGGGGUCAUUUAAAAAUCUUCUUCUCAAGAACCACUUGGCCAGAAGAGCUGAAAUUUAUCUGAAAGCUUCCUGACAUAUUGCAGAUUCAAGUUUUUUCAAAUCAUGGCCCCCGGUUGUAGGAUGGGGCCACAAGGGGGGAUCAAAGUUUUACAUACAAAUAUAUAGGGAAAAACUUUAAAAAUCUUCUUCUCAAGAACCACUAAGCCAGAAAAGCUGAGAUUUACAUGAAAGCUUCCUGACAUAAUGCAGAUUCAAGUUUGUUCAAAUCAUGGGCUCCGGGGGUUGGAUGGUGCCACAAUAGGGGAUCAAAGUUUUACAUACAAAUAUAUAGCAAAAAUCUUCUUCUCAAGAACCACUGAGCCAGAAAAGCUGAUUUUACAUGAAAACUUUCUGACAUGUGCAGAUUCAAGUUUGUUCAAAUCAUGGCCCCCGGGGAUAGGAUGGGGCCACAAGGGGGAUCAAAGUUUUACAUACAAAUAUAUAGUUAAAAUCUUUUUCUCAAUAACCACUGAGUCAGAAAAGCUGAUAUUUACAAGAAAACUUUCUGACAUGUGCAGAUUCAAGUUUGUUCAAAUCAUGGCCCCCGGGGGUAGGAUGGGGCCACAAGGGGGAUCAAAGUUUUACAUACAAAUAUAUAGUUAAAAUCUUUUUCUCAAUAACCACUGAGUCAGAAAAGCUGAUAUUUACAAGAAAACUUUCUGACAUAGUGCAGAUUCAAGUUUGUUCAAAUCAUGGUCCCCGGGGCGGUAGGAUGGGGCCACAAGGGGGGGGGGGGUGUCAAAGUUUCACAUACAAAUAUAGGAAAAAGCUUUAAAAAUCUUCUUCUCAAGAACCAUUGGGCCAAAGAAGUUGACAUUUACAUGAAAGCUUUCUGACAUAGUGUAGAUUCAAGUUUGCAAAGGGUAGUUUGGGCCAUAAUAGGGACUAAGGUUUUACAUGCAAAUAUAUAUGGAAAGUCUUCAGAUAUGGGGCAAGGUGACUCAGGUGAGCGAUGUGGCCCAUGGGCCUCUUGUUGUUGAGGUAUAAUUAUUGCAGUUAUUUACGAUAUGGACUUGCCCGUCAAUUUAAAUCUUCCAUUGACAGGAGGAAACAAUCGGCCAUAAAGGAUGACAAGUUUUCUCUUUAUCAACAAAAUUAGCACCCAACAAACUUGCUAAUCAUUCCCAAACCAUGAAAAUUUGUGUCCUCGAAAAUAAUUAGGUCCUCGCCUAUUGGCAUUGAGAGCCCUAUAGUGAUCAACCUGUGCAUCCGUCCAUAUAUCAACAUUUUUCUGGACUAUCCCUGCAGCUAGUAAAAAUUUAUACUUGAACUUUUAUCAAAUGGUUACAAAACAAGGUUAAGGUUGGGCUUUCAUGACUUAUUUUUGAAAGAGUUAUGGAUGUUGAAAUUUGUAAAUUUCUGGGAUAUGACAAUUUUCCAGACUUUUUAAGCUAUCCCUGCAACUUUUGAAUUGAAAAUUUUUGCAUGAACUUACACUGUAUAUUUAUGGGUUACAUAUUAAGUUUGAUGUUUGGGAUUUUUUUUAAGUUUGUAAAAGAGUUGUUGACCUUAAACUUAGCAAUUAAACCCACAAAGUGGGGGGCUUUUGUGCUGCUUGCCAUAUCACAUUGAUAUCUACAGUAGUAGAUUCUACAAUAUUUUGUUUAUUGUUUGAAAGCAACAACGUAGUUAAUACAUAUAUUUUCCUGUUACAUGUUUGCUGAUAUCCCUAAGCUAUGCUUUUGUAUGUGGUUAUACCACACAUAGACUCGGUCCCAAAAGGAUGUGUCACUUUUCAUCAUAUUUUGUACUGUUUUGUUUUUUUGUGCUGAGGUCUGUUUAUGCCUUACAUCGAAACCACAAGAAUUAAGAUUAUUUACUAACAAAUGAAUAAUUCCCAAUGUACAGUAAAACAUGGUUAUAAUGAACACACUGAUAAUGAAAUUGUGCUUACUGGAAAGUGAUAGUCAUCCCCCUAUGAGAGGAAAAUAACAAAAAAUGUAUUGGAUAUAACGAAAUUCGCUAUAACGUUGUUCUACUGUAUAAUGAAGUUUGGUUAAAAUGAGCUGUUUUUCUCUGGCCCUGGAGAUUCACUAUAAAUGUGUUUUGCUGUAUAAUGAAGUUUGGUUAUAAUGAACUGUUUUUCACUGGCCCUGGAGGUUCACUAUAACCGUGUUUUACUGUAUAUUGAAGUUUGGUUAUAAUGAACUGUUUUUCACUGGCCCUGGAGGUUCACUAUAACCGUGUUUUACUGUAUAUUGAAGUUUGGUUAUAAUGAACUGUUUUUCACUGGCUCUGGAGGUUCGCUAUAACCGUGUUUUAUUGUAUGUGCUAUUCCAUCUGAUUUCCUAAUAGUAAAUUUAUUUAUGUUUGUUGCCUAGAGGGAACUUUUAGUUACAGUAAUUCAGCAAUUCAUGUAUUAGACUCAUUGAAUAGAUAACAUCUUUUGUGCCAAAUAUCAAAAUUACAGAUCAAAUUUGCUGAUGAAAUAUAGCAUUUUGUAUGUGGAUAGAUCCCAUAUUUAGCUUCAAAUAUGUGUGUAUUGUCAGAACGAAAUUGCACAUUGAUGCUUGCCUAUAUACUUAUGGUAGUGCAUGUGAUCCUGUGUAUGAAGUAUGUAUAGAUAUAAUAGAACUGAUAGUGUAGAUUGUUUUUAUUGAAAGAAGAAUUUAAAACGUUUUGUUUGUCAAAUGGUUAACAAAAAUAUCAGUUGUUAAAACAGGCGUAUGUGUCAGUAUGUGUUCAUAUAAUUUUUGUUGGGGAUUAAUUGCUUUGUCAUCUGUCCGGCCAUCGGUCAAAAACCCAAGGACUUUGUAAGAAUUCAAUAUUUAGCAUGUAAAAUCCUUUUGAUAUUCCUUAUAAUUAUAUUAAAAAGGAAAAUAUAAAAUCAGCUUAUCAAAAAAUAUUGCCCAAUAGAAAUUGAAAUAUGCAUGGCAUUCUGUGUUAAUUUCUAAAGACCCUUCAGUUUUGCAUGAAGUGAGAAAUUUACAUCCAGUUGUAAAUUGUGGGGAAAUGAACAAAAUCAGUAUGUAUAUAUACCAUGCUUAAUGAUGACGUCAUAGGAAAUGUAUGUUCUGUGGAACACUCUAGUGGAAAUGAAUGCAAUCAAUUAAUCUCCAUUUCAGUAGUUAUUGUCAACGCUCUUGGUUUGUUGUUUUUUUUUGUAAAGAUUUUAAUGUGCUUUGUUAAAUAUUGUUUACAGCUUGAUAAAGAUCAAAUUAUUGUUUUGAUUCAAAGUGAACAUACACAAGUAAUCUUUUUUUUUUUUAAAUUCUAUUUCUUUUUUGUGCUUUUUUUUUU